UCGCCCUCGUUCCUUUCCCCGCCCCCUUUGCUAUCUUCGCUUAUGAAUGGAUUCGCCCCUUCUAAACAUGUAUAUAACCUGGCGUUCUCAGCCACGCCCCCGACACUUUGCUCCGACCAAUCACCUUGCAGGGUGCAGCGCUGGCCACUCUGUGUGUAGAGCUGUUCCUAUCUCCUACCGCAGCCAGUGCCGGGAGCAGACAUGCGGAAGGUCGUGGUUGUCACCGGAGCCAACAGUGGCAUAGGCUUGGCUCUCUGUGAAAGACUACUUUCAAAGGAUGACCAGAUUCGUUUAUGCUUGGCCUGCAGAAACCUACAGAGGGCUGAGAAUGCCCGAAUGGCUCUUGCUUCCUCUCACCCAUCAGCUGAUAUUAGUGUGCUUCAAAUUGACGUAGGCAGUGUUAAAUCAGUGUUACAGGGUGCAAAAGAACUAAAAGAAAGGUACAAGCGCAUUGACCAUUUAUACCUGAAUGCUGGAAUAAUGCCCAAUCCGAGGAUUUGCUUCAAAGCUUUAAUCACUGGUUUGUUCUCCAGGAAUGUCAUCAGUAUGUUUGCCACAGGUGAGGGGCUCCUGACACAGGAGGACAGGGUGACUGAAGAUGGUUUACAAGAGGUUUUUGAGACCAAUGUUUUCGGCCACUAUAUUCUGAUUAAAGAAAUUGAGCCUCUUUUAUGUAAUGUGAACAAUCCUUCCCAAGUCAUCUGGACAUCUUCUAGCAAUGCAAGAAGGUCUGCCUUCAGUCUAACAGAUUAUCAGCAUUCUCAAGGCCAGGAAUCCUACAGCUCCUCCAAAUAUGCUACUGAUCUGUUGAGCGUUGCUUUAAAUAAACAUUACAACAAGCAGGGCAUGUAUUCCAGUGUGGUGUGUCCGGGUCUUGUUAUGACUAAUCUCACAUACGGGAUAUUACCACCUUUCUUCUGGAUGUUUAUAAUGCCCAUUAUGUGGCUGAUCCGUUUGUUCACAAACUCAUUCACUAUCUCCCCAUACAAUGGUGCUGAAGCCCUGCUAUGGCUGUUUAGUAGGAAGACCGAAUCUCUGGACUCGCGUGCAAAAUAUCACAGCUGCACAUCUGGCCUGGGUAACAAUUAUGUUCAAUCGUAUAAAAUGGACGUUGAUGAAGAAAGCAGUGAUGUGCUCUAUCGAAAGCUGCUUGAUCUAGAGAAACAAAUUCGCAAGAAAAUUACACCUGAAAACAAGUAGAAAUACGAAGAAUCGUGAACAUCCUCUAAAACACAUAAAUGAUGUAUUAUGGCAUCUAUUCACUAAACCAGUGAUUGACUGGGGGAUUGGAAGUUUAUAGACCUCAGAUGGGUUGGCUGCCUUCCUCAAUUUAAAUAUUUGAGAAAUAAUUAAUUCAUCUGAGUAGAUCUUUAUUGACAUUAGGUAUGAGCAUUUUGGGUAUGAACUUAUAACUGGAGACAUUCGUAAUUAUCGGUAAAAAAAAAAAAUCAUUCAGGUUUAUAAAUUUCUGUUGUAUCUUAUAAAAUAAACACUUGAUCAGCCCUGGUCUAACACGCAAGACAUGUUGUUCACAAUGAUUUUUGGAUGGCCCUGAAGUAGUUUUUAAAAUAAAUGGAUCAGGCCAAUUCAAUAGUAUGUUAACGUAGUGGUUGUGUUUUUUUUUAUUUAUAACUAUAAUGCUUAUUUGAUAUUUUAUGUUGUAUUUUGUAGUAGCAGCGGUUUCCUUUCUAUUAAUGUGUGAGUAGAGGGAGUAACAAUAGCCAUUAACCGAUACUUGGUGUCAGCUAGAGACUGGUUUCUGUGUUUUUUGUUUGUUUGUUUUUUCUCUCUGAGACUUGGUUACGCUGCAGUUUUUUUGGGCUGCCAGCGGCACAGGCUUCUGUUCCUUCUUACUAUGGGAGAAAAUCUGAUCUCUAUUCCUCAGAGCUGCUGCAGGAGAGCAAUAGGGGCUUAGUGCUGCAAAUACUGGAAUGCAGUGCUACCAGGGAAGACGGGCCAAUCAGACUACUUAAUCGCAUAGCAUCAUCAUUCCCAGGGCACAACUGGCCUGCUUUGUGCAGUACUGGCAGUCACCCCCAGAUGGCAG